AUUUUUGAAUUCCAUAAUCCGUUCAUGUUCCUUACCAUUCUAGAAUCAGAGAAUAUAAAAACAUGAGGCUCGUUUGCUCAGUGGCAUCAAUAAAUUUAGAAGCGGCCUCCAGAGGAUUUGGAGCAAAUAAAGGUGUUCGUUCCACACUUUCUGUAUUCAAAAAAGAAGAAAACACAUUUCUUAUGUGGUGUACAACAAAAAAUAAACAUGGGUCUCGUUACAAACUCCAUAACAAUGUUGAAAAAAUCUUCAGCAGAAUGUUGUCAGAAGGGAAAGCAACAAUUCGACUGAAAGAUCCGCAUUUGGAUUUAUGUGUCAGUGGGGCAAAUAGUAUUGAUCUUCAACGACUUGUCAAUGCUAUUAAGGUUGCUAGUACUGGACAAUCUUUAUUGGGCAGGGGAGUCUUGUCAUCUGCCGAACCUGUACAAAAUAGAGUAAUACAAAAACCAAAAACGAAGUUGAUGGUAAAUUCAAAACAAAGGUAUCCACUUUUAGAAGGUUUUCCGAGUACUUUAGAACAACUUGCUGUUGAACAUUGUUCGCUUCUUAAACUAGACUCAAGAAUGUUAAAAUUACGACAUUUGAAGAUUCUCAACUUGAGUAACAAUAAAAUAAAAACUCUUCCAGAUAGCAUUGCAGAGAUGCAAAGCCUUGUGGAAUUAAAUUUAGAGAAUAAUGAUUUAUCAGAACUGCCAAAUACAUUCUCUAUGCCAAACUCAAAACUUUGUUCAAGUUUACGAUGUUUAAAACUCAAUACAAAUCAGAUAAAAUGUUUACCACCAGAUUUUGGAAAUUUAUGCGAAUUGUACCAACUUCAUAUUCGCUCAAACAAGUUAAAAUUAUUACCUCGAUGUAUCGGGCGACUACAAAAGUUGAAAGUUUUUCUUGCUCCAGAUAAUUUGCUGAGAAUUCUACCUGCUUCUAUCAAAUGUUUGUCGUUAGAGCAAAUUGAUCUUUCUGGAAAUGAUUUUUUGAAAGUAGGAUCUAUCCCUCCACUGUUCAGGCUAAAAGAUGUUGCAUCUCUUCAAGAUCUAACUGCCAGGGUGAUCAUAAAGAAAAGGCUUCCAUAUGAUGAAGAAAGUUUGACUCAUUUUUGUCGAGAAUUUAUUGAGGGUGGAAGAUGUUGUUGGCGUUGUUCUUUACACUGUUUUGAAUCGUAUAUUAGAACAGCUAUUUCAUUCAAUAUCGCUAACAUAACACACACUGUUGUACGUAUGGACAAUGAACAAGCUGUUGAAGUUCCUAUUGAUUGUAUCAUGUGCAGCUUGCGAUGCUAUCAGGGUUCUAGAUUAGCAAUCUAAUAUUUUAUGAAAAUUAGGAGUCGCAGUUAUGAAGAUGACACAGAAUUACUACAUGCCUUGGUUUGUGGCAACAUACUUUAUAUCUGCCUCUAUUUUGCUGCCGUGGUACACCAUCACACGCCAUUGUUUGGCAUUCCCGCUAUGGUUUUGCAGCAGCUUCAGACGCCACAAAGUGGUCAUAACUGCACAUGAAUAUUAGGACGACAGUGGAAAUAAUGCUAAUAUAUAUUUUCAAUAUAAUACAUGUCAAAUGAGAUUUGUUUUUCAUAUUAUUCAACUCAUUGAUCAUCACCUGUGCCAUACCAAUAUAAAUUUCCAUGGAACUGUACUAAUCGGUUUGCAAUAUUUUCCAUGAAAUUUACCUCCCUAGGUGAAUCAUGAUUUUUUAUGUUAUAUUUGUAUACCCUUAGCUCCAAACAAGUUUCUGCAUUGCCUGCCCAAAUUAAUUAUUACACUUUGGGUAAGUGAAGUGGUGGGCAUGAGAUUUGAAACCGAGAUUUUAACCUGUGAUUGUGAUGUCAUCAUAGUCAACUAUCACUACUAAUUCCUAACUUGUUGUUGUUGUUAGUG